AUGACUUCUCUCAAAGCUAUAGUUCUUGUUGCUCAUGUGAUCAUUGGAUUGAUCUCAUCAACAUCUAUAGAGUCUAGACAACUUUCCAACCCUUCUAAUGUGAUGAGCCUUGAAUCAAGAUUGAAGGUGAGUGAUGAGCCUUCUAAUUGUUGGGAAUCCCUAUUCAAGCUACAAGCAUGUAGUGGUGAAAUUAUAACAUUUUUUGUUAAUGGUGAGACUUUUUUAGGAAGUGGUUGUUGUCAAGCAAUUAGGGUUAUUGGACAUGAUUGUUGGCCUAAUGUUGUUGCAUCACUUGGAUUCACAAAUGAAGAGACUGAUAUAUUGGAAGGUUAUUGUGAUAAAGUUGAGGAUGUUCAUUCACCACCACCAUCAACACCAAUAGUAUCAUUGGUUGAUCAUAAAGUGUGA